AUGGAAUUUCAAGAUAAGCAGAUACCAGUUUGGAAUGGGAAACCUGAAAGUUUUAGCCACUUUGUUCACGAAGUGAAAUGGACCUUAUCGGCCACAAAACGUGGAGAAAAGCCAUUGUUAGCGGCUAAAAUAGUCAGAAAAGCCCUUCAGAGUGGUAUCCCGGCAUUGGUGCAGCUGAUGUACAAGUUGGAACCGUCAGACUACAAGUCAGAAUCUGAUAUCCAGAAACUGAUAGCCUUUUUGGAAAAGAGCCCCCUCAACCGUCAAGCUCUACCAGAUGCAGGCAAUAAGAUUGGUUCAUACUAUAGAAGACUUCAGCGGCAUCACAAUGAAUCAGUACCUUCAUUUCUCAUCCGGGAAGACAAGAUUCAUGAUGAAAUGCUACAAGCAUUACAACGACUUUUACGAGACAAAGAGCUGGAUUUCGAAGGGUAUGAAACUAGUCUAGAGGAAUUGAAGAUGUUCUGUGGCAUGCGUCCAGGUGAGUCUCUUUACUAUGGCAGCCCUGAUGACGAAGCGUCGGUGGCCGGCAAGGACUUGAUUGAGAGACUCAUGCAAAAGGGAUUGUUACCAUUAGCUGCUUUGGAUAUUGUGCGUGGUUGGAUGUUAUUAGAAAUGAGUACUUUGACUGGUGAUGACCGAAGACUUGUUCGCGCGGCAACCAGGAACAAGUUAGGUUACAUGGACAUUAAAUCAGCACUAUUGUCAAUGUAUGAGGAACAGACCCAACGUAUCCCCAUCAACAAUAACAAGGGCGGCAAGAAUGGUAAGGGUAGUGUCUACUUCGGGGACUAUGUGGAGCCAUGGGAGAUUGACCCAGAUGACCCUAAUGUGUAUCCGGAGACAGGUCUCUUUGCGGGUGAGUUAGGUGACUAUGGUGACUAUAAUGGUGGUGACCCCUGGAGUGAUGAUGCAUGGUGGAAUACUACAUGGUCAGGUACAGAUGAUGCAUGGUACAAUGACAUGGGUAGUGCUACAACUCCAGAGACCCCAUCUAUGGUUCCCCAAGAUCCCGAAACGGUUCACCACUUGCUCAAGGAACAAGAUGAUUUGGAGCGCCAGUUCAACGAGCUGCAGGCGCUGACAGCCGAGAGUGAACGAAACUUGGCAGAAGCGAGGAAAGCAGUUUCUUUGGCGGCAAAGGACCGUGGGUGGAAUCAACCGCCUCAACAGCGGCAACCACGGUUCACCAGCACAUAUCCAGUGAAAGGCAAGAAAGGUGGCAAAGGUAAGUCACUACAUUAUGGAGAAGAAGCUAACUGGAUCCAUAACAAGAGCAAUGGUUUCAAGGGCAAAGGCAAAUACAAGAGUUCUUUUGGCAAGUCGAAUUUUGGUAAGAACGGCAAAGGUGGAAAGUCCUAUGAGUUGCAGUUUCACGAGCAUGACUUCUAUCCUAUUUUCUCAGCAGAUGGCAACCCAGAUAAGUUAUCCCCGAGUGAAUCCGUUGUCGACACAGGUGCAACGGCUACAGCUGGCGGCCGAUGGGCAGUGGAGCAACUAUGUGCUGCCAUCAUGGGUAGUCGGCCAGAAGCUUCGAUUGUCGUGCACACAGAUGAAGAUCUGAAGCAAAUGUUGAGAGAAGUAGUGAAAGAGCAGCUUCAGGAAAUGUCAAGUUCGAGCCAUACAGUUCCAACACAGGCCAGUUCAAAGGCAAAGUCAAAAGCAAGCCCUCACAAGAACAAGACUCAGUUCGACCAUACGAGAGCUAUGACGAUGGACGAACGAGAUCCUCGAACACGGAAGGAGACUUGGCCUUGCUUCGGAACUCAUGCAAACAUGUCCACUUCGAACAACCGAUUUGCCCAGUGGACGGAAUGUUCAAAGUGCGCACUGAGGGUACAGUAUGUACCGGCAGUGGGAGCACCAGGACAGUCCACCCGUACCGACCUGACAAUGAAUGUGACAGAGGCAGUUCAGAAGCUCAGGGCCGAAGGCUGGGAGGCAGAAGAGAUGACCGGAUCGGCAAUGAAGGCAGCCAUCGCUAUGGUGGCGAAGGAGAAGAUUAUCAAGAACAAAGGCAAGAAGAACAGUGGCUAUCCCAACAAGGAGAAGGAGAAGGAAUCUCGAAAGUUGGAUCAAGUGAAGACUCCAGCCCAAGAGAAUGUACAGGAGACUGGCUUUGAGGCCAGCAUCAGAACGCUCUCCGGUGAGGAGCGAAAGCAGCUACUUCAAGCUGCAGACCAAUUCAAUGUUGGAGCCACAUUGGCUUCAUUGCAGGACUGCGGCAGCCCUUUCACAACGUGGGAGGUUUGCUGUUCCUUGAAUUCAACUUUGACAAAGCUAUGUCAGAAAAAGGGCAUGACUGCGGUGAGGAAGACAUUUGAGAAUGGAUAUGACAUCGAAAAGGAAGAGACUAUGCAGAAGUUGUUGGAUGACCGAAGGAAAGAAAAGCCAAACAGAUCAUGGUGGAGUUUGAAGUGCGCACCAUGGACAAACAUCCAGAACUUGAACCAGAGGAAUGAGGUCCAGGUUGAAAUGUUACGAAAGAAGAGGCAAAAGGGUAGAAAGGCUGCGAAGAUUGCGUUACAAACCAUCAUCAAGAUUUUGGAAGAAGAUCCAGAUCACAAAUUUUACUGGGAAUGGCCGAAGAAUGCUUAUGCAGGUUGGACACUGCGAGAAAUGAGAGAGUUUGAGAACUACAUGCACAAGAUUGGCAUUCGACUAUUUUGGACAGAAGUGCAUGGCUGCAUGUUUGACGUCCAAGCCCCAAACGGCGACCUCUUGAAGAAAGAAUGGUUGGUGAUGAACAAUGACAGCGAUUUCCAUCAACAUUGCCAAGUGAAGUGCGAUGGAAGACACCAACACCGUGUCGGAGGAGUCGUGGGCAUUGGAAAGGAUGCAGUCGAAGCAACAGGCUAUUAUCCAGAGAAGAUGGCCGAAAUGAUUGCGAGGAGAUGGAAGAGCCAGUGGGAGCAAGUGAGGAGAAAGAAUUACCAUGAGACCGUGGAGAAAAUAAUCUUUGCCAUGGAUGAGACCACGGAAGAGGAGAUGGAGAAUAAGAAGGAAAAGACAUUGGAGGAGGUUACAAAGGAAGAGCGAGAUAAAACACAUGCUUUACUAUGUCGAGAUCGAGGACUUCCAAAAUGGGUGGUAGAAAUGGCAAAGCAGCUCAAGUGCCCUGCGUGUCAACAUUCAGAACCUGGAGGACAAAUGGUGAUUCCUUAUAGCCUGGGAGCGAAACCAAGUCCAUGGCAAUUCGUGACUUUGGACAUCAUGGACAUGAUCUACCCAGCUCUAAGAUGCAAAGUGCGUUACAUGAUCGCCACCUGCGUGGUCAUGAAGUUUGUGGCCAUCAAGAAGACAUGGCAAGGAUCAGUUGGAGAGGCAGGAACAGAUUCAGGAAAGAUUCUCUCUGAAGUUUUUGCUGAUAUGUGGUUGGCUCACAGACCUCGACCAGCAUGGGUGAUAGUAGAUCCACAGACUUCACUCUCAGCAGGCCAGUUCGUGGAGUUCAUGCAAUUGGCCGGAGUUGGAGUCAGUGUCUCAGCGCCAGAAGCACAUUGGCAACAAGGAACCAUUGAGAGCUUGAUACGAGUCUUGAAGAGAACAAUGAAAAGAUUGCGAGAGGAACAUCCACUCAUCGAUCCACAGACAUGUGCGAACCUUGCAGUACUUGCUCACAAUCACCAAUUCAAGACCAAUGGUUUCAGUCCAGUCCAAUGGGCAUAUGGUUUUGACCCAGAUCGCCAGAACCAAGAUAUUGAGCCGGCAGAGUUCAACGCACACCAUCACCAUUUGCCAUAUGAAUUUUGGCAAACUCAGAGAUUGAGGAAAGAGGCUGAGGAUUAUUGGAGACAUGAACAAGCAGUUGAAGCGUGGACAAGAUUGAAGAAUGCUGCACCACGUCAACCCAAACAGUAUCAGAUUGGAGAGUGGGUUUGCGUUUGGAGGACUGCAGCAUGGAGGUCGAAAGGCAAGAUGAUCAAUCCUGAGCCGAGAUACGUUGGCCCAGGAAGAGUGGCACUGAUUGAACCAGCCAUCAUUGCAGAGAACAAGCCAAUGAUAUAUUGGGUUUUGAUCGCAAAUCAAGUAUGGCGAUGUUCACCGGAACAGUUGAGGAAAGCCAGUGAACAGGAGAUUUCAGUGGAAGAGCUUCAGAAGGGUCAAAAGUUCAACACUCCAAUCAUUGACAUGCUGAAGAAGACAACAAAGGUCAUAGACGUGAUGAAAGAACCAGGAUAUCCUCACGAUGAAUCGUCACUUCCUGACCAACCAGGAUCUCAAGCAGCUUCAUCACAACCAGAACAUGUUCAAAGAGCACAACCCUCUUUUGAAUGGACUCAAGACAUUGAGAAGUUCAGAGACGAUUGGAGAGCUCUGAGAAAGAGACAAGCCUCAACACCUUUGAAUGUGAAAGAAGAAGCUAUGAGAUGGAAACAGUUGGUCAGCACGAAUGAGAAUAGACGCAGAGAAGGUCUACCACCUUUGAUGGACCUACCAGAACUUCCACCCGAUGAAAUCCAGGUGGAAGAUGGAUUUCAAGCAGUACAAAGUACACUGAAGCCAGGACAAGAACAAUCGAUCCUGAAAGCCGAGAAAUCCUAUGAGGAGAUCAUGGCCCAGGUGGAGUUGCUGGAAGAAAAACUUCAUGUCAUUGACCAACAGGACAAAUUGAAAGAGCAGGUUGCCAAAGAGAAAGAAAUGGAGAAGCAGUUCAAGCAACACCUCGCAGAAGCUUGUGACCGAGGUGAAGAAAUUUGUGAAAUGGUCAUUGAAGUCGAUGACUACAAGCAGUUUCUUUCCAGCGGCAUCAUCUACAUGAAGAAGAUGAUGGAGACACCAAAAGAAAUCAACUUCAGAGCAUUGACACCAGAAGACAGAGCCCUGGUUGAAGAAUCCAUGGCUCGUGAGCUUUGCGAAGUACUGGGAUCAGCAGCUUUGAAGAAGGUUCAAGAUGACAUUAGUCCGGAGGAGGUUGAAAAGAGAUGCAUUCCUAUGCGUUGGCUGCUGAUUUGGAAGCCAUUAGAUGAGUACAAGAACCCAGCGGCUGAGGAGAAACCAGGAGUGAUUAGAAGUGACGGCUUAGCGAAAGCUAAAGCCAGGAUCGUCCUGAUCGGAUACAAACAUCCGGAUCUUGGCAAGAGAGAUCCGAGAACAGGACUGAUCAUGAAAGCCCAAUGGCGGGCAAUUCAGUCGGAUUCUGGCUGGAAGAUGCGAUUGGUAUGGGCAUUGAUGCAUGGCGAAAAGCUCAAUCGCGUCAACGCAGAUCACUUGGCUGCAAUGGUUGAGUCCCUCUUAGUGAUGGAUUCUCGUGGAUGCUAUGAUGCUUUGAGCAAUAGUGAUAGUCCUUUCCUUGGAAUGAACAAUGCCAAAACUGGCACUGAACUGAUGAGUGUCCAACGCGGUGUCAGGGAUGGUAGCAAUUGCUAUCCUACGUGGUGUCCAUCUGACAUGAAUUUGUCAGAUUGUAUGACCAAAACCUCAUUAGAAGCUUUCAAAACAUUUGCACUUUGGAAUCAAAAGAAAUCAUGGAUUAUUAGGUUUGAUAGUGAGUUUGUUGCUGCUAGAAAACAACAACGACUCCGAAGGCAAAUGGGCAAGACACCUCAUGCAUUGUUGGAUCCCACAGAUGAACAACUCAUGUUGAAUGAAUUUGACUUGGAUAGCAUGUUCACUCGUGGUUGA